GCCCUGCCCUCUGGAUACCCUGCCCUCUGGUGCAGGGCAGCUCCUCAGGGCAAGGCAGAGCCACUCUGGUGGUUUGGUACCCAGCGUGGACCCCAGGCAGGAGGAAAAUGGGGAGCCAGGCACCUUGCCGGUUUCUAGGCCACGGAAGGGGCUCUGUGGUCCUGCUCCCCAGGGUGAUGGGGCAGCCUGACUGGCUGAAACUCCGGGCUUUGCCUGGGUUCUUUGGGCCUAAAAUGGCUGGCGUACCUCUGCCCCUGCUCCCCUUGCUCCUUUCAGAAGAGCGGCUAGCCUUGAUUUCCCCAGUUAGUGAGGACUUGGGGUUGAGUCAGAGGUCAGAGCUCCUGUUGUAGGGCCACAGUCCGCCCUCCCUGAUCAAGCAGUUUUCUCCUUGGUCUGUGGCUGCUGCAUCCCCGACUGCCCCCGGGAGCAGUGCUUCCUGCGGUCCGGGCUCUGCGCUCUGUCCACCGGCUGUGCAUUUCAGAUACCAUCAGCUCUCCCUGCUUUGGAGGGGGCUGGGCUUGGCCCUGAGCAAAACUCUCCCUGCCCAUCUGCCAGUCUUGCUGGCUGCCCAGCCUGAAGCCAGUGGCUGGGGCUGGCUGGGGAGGCAUUCCCAAGAGGCUCCUGGAGAGCCUUUCAGGGCUGGGGUGGCCUCAUUGAAUGAGAAUGGGGCCUUUCUGUCUGGUCAGUCUGAGCCCCAGCUGCACUGCCUGCCCUGCCAGCGACCUGGACCUGCAGAAGCGCAGCGUGCUCCUGUGCCCCUCCCCAUCUUGCAUCCUUCCCCUGGGCGCCCACUUCCUUGGUUUCCCUGGCUCUGGGGACCCCUUGCUCCCCGCUGCAUGGUGGCCCCACAGCUCUGCUCGCCGCUUGCCUUUGGUGGCCCUGCUUUCACCCACCAUGUGAGUAUGGGAAAUGGCCCAGGGGCCACAGCUCCUCUCUCUCAGGCGUGAUUCCAGCACCUACCACCCAGGCCCCCCAGCUGGCCUAGGCCCCCUCCUUUCAGUGCUGCUGCUGCUGCUGCUGCCACCCCUGGGUGAGAAGUCUUCAGGCCGCCCGGUGGGGUGGGGUGGGGUGGGGUGAGGUUGGAGGGGGAGCCCCUAGGAUCCCCACUCAGACCUACACCUCCCAGUCCAGGCUCCCAGAACAAUUGCCCAGGAAGUGCCAGACACACUGACCCCGUCUGGCUGCUCGAGCGGCAGCUGCUACCCGCCCACUGGGGACCUGGUAGUGGGUCGCAGCCAGAGCCUUCGUAGCUCAUCCACCUGUGGACGCCAUGGCCCUGAGCGCUACUGCCUUGUCAGUCACCCCCAGGUGGGGGCGCAGGGGAGGCCUCUGCACCGGGUACCUCAGUCUUCCUGGGAGCUGGGCCUGGAGGGUCAGGUCACUGGGGGCUGGAGGGAGAGGUGGAGCUGAGAUGCUUUGGAGUGGGGGCACCGCCAUGGACCUCCUCCCUCCCUCCGACACCCAGGACUCUGAGCAUUGCUUCUUUUGUGACUCCCGGGACGGGGACCGGGGUGGCCAUGGCAUUGAGAAUGUGAUAUCCUGGAGUGGUUGCCAUGGCAACCAGACCUGGUGGCAAGCUGAGAGUGGUGUUGAGAACGUUACCAUCCAGCUAGACCUAGAGAGUGCAUUCCACUUCACCCACCUCGUCAUGACCUUCAAGGUGACCGCUGCCCCGGCCUGGAGGCGGGCCGUGUGCCCCCUGUCCUCACGGCCACCCGUGGUGCUUGCCCCUGGUAACCGAGGACCCCUCCUGUCCCCAGACAUUCUGCCCAGCGGCGCCGACCCUGAGCGUUCGGCGGACCGCGGCCGCUCCUGGCGUGUGUACCGGCACUUUGCCCACAACUGCUCAGGCCUCCCCUGGCGUCGCUCGGGCCCCGGCCGCAGUGCCAGCGAUCUCGUGUGUGACCAGCGUUACUGGGACAUUGAGCCUUCCACCGAGGGCAAGGUCAGGCCCAGAGGAGGCGGGGAGGGUGGUUGUGAAGCCAGAGGCUCAGGCUUGCUUCUUCCUCAGGUCAUUUUCCAUGUUCUGGACCCAGCCCUCCUGGUGGAGAACCCACACGACCCCGAGAAGCAGGGUAAUUCUAGCCAGGCCUGUGAGGCGGGCGGGAACAGGGAGGGGAGUCCCGCCUGGGGCCAGCUCAGUCACGGUCCUCUUGUGGUCCCUGUUCUGGCCUCCAUGUCUGCCCCUCGCUGCCCAUGGCACGGGUAGCAGUUUAAUCUCUGCCCCGUCAUUGGUCUCAUGGGGCCCAUGUGGUCCCUGUCACUGCCCACACCCCCGGCCCAUGUCGUCCCUGUCA